AUGUACCAGCAAUUUCUUGCAACCAUGACAUCGAUUUUCACACUGGCUCGUUGGUUCGGCGUACCAACUUACGGCGGUCGCUUGGCGCUGUUCUACAGCCUGGUGCUACUAUCAAUGCUUAUAGCAUUAGAAGCUGGUUCUAUACGGAAACUGGUGCGGCUUCUCACUGGAGUAGCUAGGAACACCUCAGGAGGUCGCGGUUUCAUAGCCCGUCUCUCCGGUACGGUAUUCUAUGGCAACGCCCUCCUUUCUUUAUGUCUGUCAUGGCAAAUGGCUUACAAGUGGCGUACUCUAUCAGUGUACUGGCUAUACACUGAGACCAGGGGCCCGUACCUACCACCAAACGAGCAUAUACGGAGGAAAGUCAUUUGGAUCGCGAGCUUCAUUGGCGUUUGUGCUGUUGUGGAGCAUGUCCUAUCCAUGAUGUCUGCGACUGGUUUCAACAUACCACCUGGAGAAUACUUCCAGCGAUACAUACUCUCCUCACACGGGUUCCUGCUUCAAAACUACGAAUACAACCUGUGGUUGGCGAUCCCGAUCUUUAUUCUCAGCAAGUACGCGACGAUCCUCUGGAACUUCCAGGAUCUGGUAGUGAUUUUGCUGAGUGUGGGUCUGGCGUCCCGCUACAGACGACUCAAUGCUGCUGUGGCUGGUGCCGUGCGGGAGGAGAGGAUGGGAAAAGAACGAAUCAAGGGUGCUAUAGACGUCAGCAAUCGGCUGCGCGUCUGGCGGAAGAUCAGGGAAGGCUACGUGCAGCAGGCGGCGUUGGUGCGGAGAGUGGACACCGAGAUUGGCUCCCUGAUUCUGCUCUGUAACCUGAACAAUCUGUUCUUUAUUUGCCUGCAACUGUUUUUGGGUAUAAGAAUAUCACACACAUCAGUAACCGAUACAGUAUACUACUUCGCAUCUUUGGGCUGGCUGCUGCUGCGGGCGGGCGGCGUCGUGCUGUCGGCUGCCGACGUCAACCUGCACUCCAAACGCGCGCUGACAGCAAUCAGCCGCUGUCCGUGCAGCGCUUAUAAUGUUGAGAUAAAAAGGCUGAAGCAGCAGCUCAUCCACGACGAGGUGGCUCUGAGUGGGAAAGGCUUCUUCUACCUGGACCGACAGAUGUUACUAGAGGUAGCAGCCGCCAUAGUGAAAUAUGAACUAAUGCUUAUUCAGUACGACCAAUAA